GACGACAUGAGGCCGUAGCGUCGUCCUGAUGCGGGGGGGUUCCAUCAUGGCGUCGAUGCAGAAAAGGCUACAAAAGGAACUAAUGGCUUUGCAAAAUGAUCCGCCCCCUGGAAUGACGCUCAAUGAGAAAAGUGUCCAGAACACCAUCACACAAUGGAUUGUAGAUAUGGAAGGAGCCACGGGCACGCUCUACGAGGGAGAGAAAUUUCAGCUGCUUUUCAAAUUCAGUAGUCGGUAUCCUUUCGAUUCACCUCAGGUAAUGUUCACGGGAGAGAAUAUACCUGUGCAUCCUCACGUUUAUAGCAACGGUCACAUCUGUCUGUCCAUACUAACAGAAGACUGGUCGCCAGCCCUCUCAGUGCAGUCAGUCUGUCUCAGCAUUAUCAGCAUGUUGUCCAGCUGCAAAGAAAAGAGACGGCCACCCGAUAACUCCUUUUACGUAAGAACAUGUAACAAAAACCCAAAGAAAACAAAAUGGUGGUAUCACGAUGAUACGUGCUAAUAAAUGUUGUAGUCGUUCCAGAAGAAAGGAGGCCUACUGAACCUCAUAAAGCACUUUUGAAUCAUACUGCAGUCACUGAACUCUGACCUUUUUGACUGGAACAAUGGACACCAUGAUGCGCUGGAGACUGUUUGAACUACAUUUCCCAGAGGGCAGUUGGGUGCAUGUUUUUAGCCGGUUGUAAUAUACAAAUAAAAUAAUAAUAAUUAAGAAUCGUUAUGUGUACCAACAAUGGAUUGUUUUUUUGCAACAAAAGAAGGUCACUAUGCAGCCAGCGAGAAAAAUGGUUUCGUAGUGAGAUUAUUGUUAUCGUUUUACGAUGAUUCUUGUUUCCUUUUGUGUUUGUUUGGGUACAUUUAAAAGGUUGUCAUUAUGUGCUGUGCAAUACAACGGUGGAUGCAUGGUUGGGCCCUAACAAAGAUAUCUGGAAGGGAUCUCAGCAUCUUAACCCCCAGAAAAUACUUCAGCUUUUUUUUUUUUUUUUGGUCUGAUAUUCAAUGCACUGUGACGAUAUGUAGAGCUACAACAGCUCAAUGUUAUUAUUCCAAAGGUUCAACUUCUACUGUAAAACCACAAACAACACCACUUCUCUGCAGCUGAUAGAAGGGGGUUUUCAAGUUGUUUUACAUUUCACUGUUUUAGUUCCUCUCCACCUUCCAUCUUUCAAGGA